AUGGGAGGACCAGCAAGCCAGUAUAGCUAUAAUGAAUUCUCGAUGCGGAUGCUUCAUCGGCAGUAUUAUUUGUACAAUCUUGAGAAGAAAAAUUUCAAAUACCCGAUCGAGGUUAAAUUUUUGAUGGAGGGCAAGUCGAACAAAUGGCUCGAAGAAGAGGCUGGUCAGUGGGGAGACCUUAUUUUUAAUGCAAAAGAGAAGAAAAUAAUUUCGCAAAUUAACAAGCUUCUCGACGAUGAAACAUUCGGUGUUGUAAUUUCAGAUUUGUACUCGUUCGUCACAUGGGAAAAGGACUUCAUUUCGCAAACAAGCCAUUCAAUUUGUAGAAAUCUUACUACGUGUGGCGCCGCUGGAACCUAUAUUCCCAAUUUGAAAGGAUGCUACGGAGAAAUGCUCGACUUUGAGCCCAAAAAAGAAACUCCCUUCUUGAGAGAAUUCGGCAAUUUCACCGAAUUCGCGGCGAACUUUGUGAAAAAAUCUCCACUGAAGCUACUGCCUGCAUACUUUUUAAAAGAUGCAGAUAGAAGAGUCGAAGCCCCACUACUACUUGAGCCGAAAUCGUGUGAAGGAGAGAUCGUUGUCAUGAUCAGCACGAAUGGAGAGCGCUUUCGUCGGAGAAAUCUUCAUCGGUCUUUGAAUAGCCUAAAUGAAGAGGGCAAGAAGGUUUCGCUUUUCUUUUUUCUCUCCCAUGCAGAUCAAAUUGGAAGGUACAGGCACGAGUCAAGAGCGCUCCAGGACAUUUUUGUUGGAAACUUCUCAAUGAUGGGAAUAGAUAAUUACGAUCAACAGCCGAAUUAUCGCUAUCUCACCGGUAUUCGUUUCGCCAAAGAAAAUUGCCAGAAUAUGCAGACGUUCAUUUUUCACAGCGAUGGUUUCUUCCCAAAUUACCAUGAAAUAAGUACGAAAACUGGAAAUACCCCAUUCAUGGCCUGUCUUGGCAGGGUUGAAGAAGACUCGCUCGAGUUGAGGAUAAAACAACCAUUCACUAAAAACUGGUGGCGAUUUGACCAACUACCCUUGGACUACCAGAUUCCUCGAUAUUGUGAUAACCAGUACGGUGGUGUCAUGGACAAGCUCGCUCUUCAUCAACUCGAAAAAACGAUGAGCUUGUCAGAGGAGAAGGUCUUUUCUUUCCAUAACGGGCAUAUUUUCUUCACCGGAAUAAUGCGAGACAAAGCCGGGAUAUCUCUUACCGACAUGCCUUCCCGUGGAGUAGAUUUCAACGACGCACUAUUUUUGAAAGAACGAAGUUAUGGGGACUUCACAGAAGACGAUGUGCAGAAAACCUUUAGAAAAUCAUUUGGCAAAGAGGUCUUAGAAAACGAACUGAAGAAAAUCCAAUCAAAAAUGAAAGAAAUAAAAUGA